GCAGAGGAGGAAGAAGAGGAGCGGGGCAAGGCGGGAGUCACAGGCGGGACCCUCGUCAUGGGGCCGCGGACCUAGAGCUACGAAAGCUACCGGCCCGGUGCCGAGCUGGCUGCUGCUCCUUCCCGUGUCCCCCAUGGCUGAGGAGUGGCUGGACUGCCCAGCCCUGGGCCCCGGCUGGAAACGCCGUGAGGUUUUUCGCAAGUCAGGUGCUACCUGUGGACGCUCAGACACCUAUUACCAGAGCCCCACAGGAGACAGGAUCCGAAGCAAAGUUGAGCUGACCCGAUACCUGGGCCCUGCGUGCGACCUCUCCCUCUUCGACUUCAAACAAGGCAUCCUGUGCCACCCAACUCCAAAGGCCCAUUCUGAGGCUCUCCCCAGCAGGAAGCGCAAGAAGGCUUCAAAGCCAGUUAAAGCUGGGAAAUGUCAGGUUGGACCCCAGAAAGUUGAGGUCAGAAAGGAGGCCCCAAGGGAAGAGACCAAGGCUGAUGCUGACACAGCCCCAGCUUCGCUCCCUGCGCCUGGGUACUGUGAGAAUUGUGGAAUCAGCUUCUCAGGGGAUGGCACUCGAAGGCAGCGGCUCAAGACAUUGUGCAAGGACUGCCGAGCGCAGAGAAUUGCUUUCAACCGGGAACAGAGGAUGUUUAAGCGUGUGGGCUGCGGAGAGUGUUCAGCCUGCCGGGUAACCGAGGACUGCGGGGCUUGCUCCACCUGCCUUCUGCAGCUGCCCCAUGAUGUGGCCUCGGGGCUGUUCUGCAAGUGUGAGCAGAGACGGUGCCUGAGGAUUGUGGAAAAGAGCCGAGGGUGUGGAGUAUGCCGGGGCUGUCAGACCCGAGAGGACUGUGGCCAUUGCCGAGUCUGCCUUCGCCCUCCCCGCCCUGGUCUCAGGCGCCAGUGGAGGUGCGUCCAGCGGCGCUGCCUACGACAUCUUGCCCACCGCCUGCGUCGCCACCAUCAGCGAUGUCAACGACGCCCUCCCCUAGCUGUGGCUCCCCCUGCUGGUAAGAAACGUAGCCGCCGCAGGGGAGGCUGCGACUCAAAGAUGACUGCCCGGCGGCGCCCCCGAACCCAGCCACUGCCUCCGCUUCCCCCAUCGCAGCCUCCAGAGUCCCCAGAGCUGCACCCCAGAGCCCUGGGCCCCUCGCCACCUGCCGAGUUCAUCUAUUACUGUGUAGACGAGGACGAGCUACAGCCUUACACAAACCGCCGGCAGAACCGAAAGUGUGGGGCCUGUGCAGCCUGCCUGCGGCGGAUGGACUGUGGCCACUGUGACUUCUGCUGCGACAAACCCAAAUUCGGUGGCAGCAACCAGAAACGCCAGAAGUGUCGUUGGCGCCAGUGCCUGCAGUUUGCCAUGAAGCGCCUGCUGCCAAGUGUCUGGGCAGGGCCCGAGGAUGGGGCAGGGUCGCCCCCACCUUACCCUCGUCGAAAGAGGCCUGGAUCUACUCGACGGCCCCAUCUGGGCCACACCCUGAAGCAUCCCUUGGGCACUCCCACAGCCCGACGAGACCUUGCCCAGACUCCAAUGAAGCAGGAAGCAGGCAGCGGCUUUGUGUUGCCCCCACCUGGCACUGACCUUGUGUUCUUACGGGAGGGUGCAACCAGUCCUGUGCAGGUGCCUCGCCCUACCCCAACUUCCACCGAACCCCUCUUGCAGGUGAGGGCUCCACCUUAUCCUGCCCGUCCCAACCCUGCCCAGCCUUGUUCCAGGAAGCUGGGACCAAGUCUGCCGCCAUCCUCCUUCACACAGGAGGCCCAACGCCCUGGCCUGAGUUGGGUUGUGGCCUUACCCCAGGUGAAGCAAGAGAAGGCGGAUGCCCAGGAAGACUGGACACCGGGCACAGCCAUCCUGACUCCUGUAUUGCUGCCUGGCUGCCCCAGCAAGGCAGUAGACCAAGGCCUGCCACUUGUGAAGCAAGAGCCACCUGACCCUGAGGAGGACAAGGAGAAGAGCAAGGAUGAUUCAGCCUCUGAUUCGGCCCCAGAGGAGGAAGGAGGGGCUGGCACGCCAGUGAUCACGGAGAUUUUCAGCCUGGGUGGAAACCGCCUCCGGGAUACAGCAGUCUGGUUGCCAAGGUCCAAGGGCCUUAAAAAACCUGGAACUAGAAAGCAGUAGACUGGAGGCUUCUGCAGACUGUAGGAUUCAAGGUGAAAUUUACAGACCGGCUUUAUGAGAGACAACACUGAUCCAUCUACUCAGAGGCUGGACCAUAGAGCGAUUGCCAGGGCUUGUGUAGAAGUCAGUAGGAACCGGAAAAACCUACCACCAAACCAGAGGAGCAGGGCUGUUCAGUCCUUUGAGCUUAUAGAGGAAGUAAGCAAGAAAGGAAGAGAGAGUAGAAAGUUGGUGCAUCUGCUCCAGCUGGUGCAAAUCCCAGAAGCCUGAGAAAUAAGUUUGGAUAUUAGGGGUGGAGGAGCUGGGGUUGGGGUUGGGGGAUAGAAUUAGAACCACCAUAAAACAACCUAAACAAGCCAUCUUCAUAAAUAUUAAGUGGCUUCUGGGUGAGACCUGGCAGUGUCUCUAAACAUUUCCUCAGGGAAACAGCAAUUGAAAAUGUAAUGUGAAUAAAUAAGGAAAGGAACUGCAAUUUGGUGAGUUCUUCCUUAUGGACCCAGUUUAUUUCUCAGAAUGGUCUUUUUAGGAAGACAUCGAUUUUGCCCAUUUUUGCAGAUGGAAAAACAGACUCAGAAAUUAAAUAACUUGUCCGAUUUCAGACAGUUAGUAUUGAGCCUAGAAUCAAACCAGGUUGUAAAGUCCUUGUUCUUUAAGUCAUUAACCUGUAAACUGUAAUCCCAAGUUCAAUGAUGUAAUAAUAUAGUAACAGAAGUUUCCAGCGACUCUGAAAACAAGGUGGAUUAAUUUAAGCAUUAUAGCAAAUCCCUUACACUGCUGUCUCUAGCGUGGUUUAGGGAGUACCAUGGCUGUGUGAAUGGGGUCACCUUCUCAGAGCACCUGUGCAUCCAGAAACUGGGUUCUUUCCAGGACUCUGGUGUUGCAUAGGAUUGUUCAAACCCUAAAGGGCAUCCUUCCCCAUUGGUUGCUGUCCAUUUGGUUUGUUUCCCUUACUCCUCCUCCUCAGCCAAAGUAUUCUUUUGAAGUAAAGCUGCCAGCCUGGCUCGUCUUUCUUGACAACUUGCGUCCCCUGCCCCUUGACAUUUGUGCUUGGUUUCUGCUCUCAGCCUCUGUCUCCGAGGAGCUUUAGGUCCUGUCAAAGGGCAAGUUUUGGCUCAGCCCUGCAUCACUUUCCAAUACUUUGCAUAGUACUAAAGUGAUCAGACAUGUGGUUCAUUACUUUCCAGCUUUAUAGGCUGGGACUGAGUGUAUGCCCCCUUAAAUUUUGUAGUUUAUGUCCCUCCCUUGCCUUAUUCCAGUUCCAGCCCUGCAGCUUUAGAUAAUUCAGAAAUAGAUUAAUCAUUCCCCUACCUUAACUCAUGACACAGUCCUCUGUCCCUUCCUUUGCCUGUUCCUACCUACUUCAGCCAGAGUCCACUGGAUAAUUUUCUGCUAUUUUGCUCCCCCCAGGAUCCAACCACCGAACCCUAGUAUUCUGAUAAUUUUGGCAACGAUGUCCUAAGUGAAAUUAUUUGAUUGGUAUUCUGACUGAUGAGAUAAGAGUCUGGUUACCAUGUGUAUCAGGGUACAAUUAGAAAAGCAGCACCACUAAUAUAAAGAUUUUAUAUAUAUGUAUGUAUGUAUAUUUAUAUAUAUGUAUAUAUGUAUAUUGUUUUACGGGAUUUAUUAUAGGGAUUUCACUAUAUGCAAUUGUGGGAGCUGGUUAAACAGUCUCUGUAAGGCUGUCGUCUUUGCAUCUACCUAAUGCUGGAGCUUGAAGUCUGUAGGGCAGGCAGUUGGGAAGGGAACAUGGAUAUAAAAUGUGGGAGACCGAGGACACAUUGGCGCCCACAAGCAGAAGCUGGACCCCCCUCAGAUGUCCUGGAACCCAUGUCACUGUCUCAUCACUUCCAACUUCGAUGAUGUGGGUGUCCUGCAGAAGAAGCUGGUGCCUUUCACCAGAGCUAAAUAUGCAUCUGGCCUAAGAAUUUGAGAAGCUGAAGGAAGAUCCUGGGGAAGGUGGGGCAGCUGCAGACCAGGCUGCUGACCAACACCUAGAAGGUGAGCCAGCAGAUAAAUGACAACGUGUGAACUGCAAAAGUGCCUGGUGACCCUGUACCACCCUUCUAAGUGUAAAAACAACAUACUACUGCUUCACUUCUGCCCUCCAGUUAGCACAUAAAAUGUUUCUUGUGGCUCAUCCUAACUGGAAGCAUACAGGGAAGGGAGUUCUGGGAAACAUAAGACUAGUCAAGGUGACACAUCACAAAACAACCCUGCAUGAAUCAGCUCCCAAAGGGUCUCACUACUCACCUGAGGAUAACUUGAUAAAGCUACAAUGGAAAGUGGAAGACCAUGGAUUUCAUGGUGACCCCAGCAAAUACCGAAAUGUCAAGCCCACCAAGUAAAAACACAGGUCUCAGCUCUGUCAUGCAAGUAUUGAGAACUGGCCCAUCGUAGGCUCUAAACUUAAUACGGGGGUACAGGAAUGAAAAAGAUACAGGCCAUGCAAUUUUAUUAAAUACAUCAAUAUGUAUUAGAAAUGGUGAACGGAUUUCCAACUUCAAUGGAAUUUAAUGGUGAAAAUAGAAUAUUCAGGAAACCAGCAGGAGGACAGCCCUUGUGUGAACCUUGUUGGGGCGUAAUAGGAACUGGACAUAAUAUAGCCUCUGUCUCUAAGCUGUUUAAUUUUAAAAUUAUUUUUAAAUGAUUUUUAUUGUCCCAUUUACUGAUUCAUACAUUCAGUGUUUCUUGGGAAUGUCUUGAUGACGUUAACAGUGUUGACUGCCUCGGAGAAAGUGGAGUAGUGGGUGGCAAGAUAAAGAUCAGGUUCUGUCCAAGGACUUCGGGCAAAUCACUUGCCAAGUGACAAGCCUACCCCCUCUGCCCUCCGAAGAGGCCCGCCAGGGGACAUGGGGGCCAUGGUCAUCUCACCUGGGCUCAGAAAACCCUGCCCCCCAUUCCUGGUCUGGGCAGUCCAGGGCCAUGGCCUCCACUGAGCCUAAGGGAAAUCGACACCCUUGCUUUAGAUAGUGAUUAAAACAGGCAAAACCAAACCGGAGUAAAAUUACGGGGCUUGCCCAGGGUGAGGGCACAGCACAACAAGCUCUGGACCAACACUGGGGACGAUCGAGGGCAGUCGGGUAUUCUCCAGGGGCAGCUUCCACUGUUGCUGAAACUCAACGGGACCCUCCAGGUUGUACAACCUCAGGGGUGUCCUACAGGUGUCCCUGAAUCUCAGCGGCUUUUCCCAAAUGCCAAUGCCUGGCUGAGGGUGUUUUCAUUACCUCCCUUUCCCAAGGGUGUGGUGGUGGGUGGUUCCACUCAGACCAGCUGGUGGGCCAGGUACCUAUGCGACUCGAAGAUCAAGAAACUGGCUGGCCCUCCGGAUUCCGUCCAGGGAACUGAGACAAUUACUUUAUGUAUUUGUUUCAGGCUACAUAAACUUAGCAGUAAAUGAAAAUGAGUAUUUUUACUGAACUGCAAUUGAAAGAAGAAGCAUUAUAGGAGAAAAAAUUAUUGAAAAGGUUUUUAGAAGAGAAGAAACAUUAUUUUGUGGCUGAAAAGCCGAACCAGCAUUUCAGGAAAUGGAGUCCAAAUCUAGAAACGUAACAUACCCAAAAUCCAAAGUGGGUGGAUUACAAAUGAUUAAGGAACGCUAAUAAUACGGUAAAUGGCGACCUUAAGAUGGUAUACACAACAGUUGUACUUCAGUUGUUAUUACAUGACAGUGACUGACUAGGUACUGAUUUUUUUCAGUGCUCUAUACUCACCCCCGCUUUAGAAAAAGUAGCAAAAUGUCAUUCUUUAUUGGCUUUAAGGUAUUAACUACCACUUUGCUGUUGACAGGAAGUACAGCAGUGGUCUCCACCUGUGCUGAGGGCCCCUUCUAGGUUCCCUGUCUGGGACCUGGGUUCUCAGGGCCUGAUUAUCUGCACUUCUGAACCCCAUGUCCUGACCCUGUCCACGGUGAUCCUUGACUCAGGCUCUUGGUUUUUACUGUGCCCAGCCAUUGGUAUCACUGCACUACCAGCUAUCCCAUCUGGUCUGCCCUCGCCACCUUGAAGUGUUCUGAGUCAAAGCCCUGGUUUCUGUCCAGUGCAGUAAAAUUUUUAUUAACAGAUUUAUCAUUACUGGUUGGGUAGGCUAACAAGGCAGUUUCGCGCUCUCGGCUUUGUCUUAGCUGUAAAGUGAGGACUGUACCUGCAAUUCCAUUAACCUAAAAGGUAUUUGUGAGGCUCAAACAUUUUGUGUGAAAAUCCCUUGCAAAUUACUGUAAAGAUUUACAAAAGUGUAUAAGGUGGUUUUGUGAUGAUUUACGUUCUCAAGAUUAACCUAGACAUGGUCACAAAAUUUAAUAACCUUUCCACACAAUGUCCACUAAACUUUCUCAUGCUUUUAGACGGUUUACAGGGAUAUAAAUAGCAAAGUCAGUUGGAAUGAUACUAGAUCUUCACUUCGUGUAAAGGAGGCCUUUUUUUUCCCUUUCUAUUCUGAUG